AACGCACCGGCGGACCGAGUCUCAAGUGCGGACCAUGUGCGGACCAAAACGGCGGACCGAGUCUCAAAUGCUGACCGAGUAUACGGGCCGCUAGCAGAUGUAGGAGGAGCAUAAUACCGCGUGACACAACGUGGUUGCACAUGAGAUUAUGGCUGUUGCUCGGGCUGUUGAACCUGCUUUUGAGAAAGUUUUUAAUGACUUACCACAUUCUAGAAUUAUAGAGUUACUGAAUGCUCAAGGAAAUUCCAGUGACUACUCUGUGUGUAAUCUACCACCAGUAAAACCCAAAGCUGGGGAUGUUUAUGUUUUUGUCCCUUCAGACAUCAGUGAACGUGAUAACUGGAAGUGUGAUCAAAUGAAGUGGCGUCACAAUGGGAAAAAAGAACUGAAAACAGUCCCAGUUAUUACAAAGACGUACUAUUUUUUUGUUAGUGCUGACGGAAAAGAAGACGGCUUUAAGAGAUUGGUAUAUAAGCUUUUUGGGUAGCAACAACCAUACUGUUGUGGUACACUAUAAAGGGAAUGAAUCUAUUGCUAAUAGUACUACACCACAUGUACGUACUCUUCCCAGCGUUAUGAGGCAACUUGAAUGUUCUGAAACAAUACCUUCAGUUGCAUACAAGCGAAUGGUUGCUACAUCAGGGCCUUCGCAAGAUCAUCUAGCUAUACAACUACCGAAGAAUCGGAAACAAAUUAAGAAUUUGCAAGCGAGAUUUCGUCAACGACUGAGAAUAUCACAUGAUGCACUUUACAAUAUACAUGAAUUGGCAUAUGAUUUAGAGGAUUUUGUUCAUAAAGUGGUCACCUUUCCAGAUGUUGUCAUUGUAUGCGGAAUGAAACAGAUGUUGUUAGAAGUUGAGAGGAUUUUACAAGUACAGACUCAUGACUCACACGAGUAUUCACAGCUUUUGUCAUAUGACACAACAUUUAAAUUGGGCGAUUUCUAUGUAUCUCCAUUGCUAUUCAGAAAUAUUCUAUUCGAAACGAAACCAGUUAUGCCAUCUUUAUUUAUGAUUCACGAAAGGAAGUUGAAAGCCACUCAUGAUGAAUUAAUGAGAGUUGUAUCGCAAUUAUUACCUUCCCUUGUUAAUGGUUCCAAUACCAUUCCAUUAGUAACUGAUGAUGAAAAAGGAUUUGAUGCCAUAAAUUGUCACCUUCAUAAGGUCUGCAGACUGUACUGUUGGAAUCAUAUCAUCAAUGCAUCGAAGAUUUGGUUGAGAGGUCAUGGAGCUACUUCAUCAGAGAUACCCAUCUAUGUUAAUAACAUACGUAACUUGCUUCACCAGCCAAGUGAAGAUGAGUACUGCAAGCUUUUGACAGAACUUAAGGGCAGUUGGAGUCAACCAUUUGUAACAUAUUACAUGUCAGAGAUUCAUAGCAAGGUCAAGCACAGUGGUCGGUGGGUUCUUGAUAGGCUUCAUGUCUAUGACCCGAUUAGUGGAGUCACCAGCAAUCAGUCGGAAGGGUUUAAUUCGGUACUAAAGAGAAUACAAACCUGGAAGGAAAUUCCAAUAGACACGGCUCUAUUGUCACUGUACCAUCUUCAAGUAUUCUAUUGGAAUGAAUGGCAGCGUGGGUUAGCAGGCUUAGGAGAGUAUCGACUUUGUAAUCGAUUUAUUAUAGCAAGAAUAGACAAAGAGGAUAUUUUCUUGAUACCAACUAUUAGCUUAGAAGAUAUUGUGAAAGCAGCAAAAGAAGGGGGACCUAGACAUAUUUAUCAAAAUUUAGUAGAAGAUAAUGAAACAACAGAAAACUCAAAUGAAUCAAAUGGAAGGGAAGAAACUGCGAAUAAUCCUGAAAUGAUGAGUGAAGAUGAAAGCUGCCCUCAGACUCCUGUGGAUAAUUCAUUACGCGAUGCAGAUGAUGGAAUAGUUCAACAAUCUCAGAUUGUUCGUGCUGAGUUGCUUGUUAAAAAUGGUUUGUUAUCACAUGAUCCUAAGGUUGGCUCCUUCACUGUAACUGGCUCUUCAGGAAAGCUUCAUGUUGUGAGGUUAUUCCCUUCUGAGUAUUGUUCGUGCCCUUCCACUACAACCUGCUACCAUAUUCUUGGUGCUAAACUCAGUUUGGGAAUUCCUAUUAAAAAGGAUAUGAAACAAGUCAAUCUUUCACAGUUACGUUGGAACAAAAGAAGUAAAGGCCAAAAGAAAUGUGGUCGGAAAAGACCUCGUCCAGGUGAUAAUGAUGUUGUAGUAACUCCUGCCCCUGAUUCACAGAAUUGGGAGGAAUCCUCUGGUUUACCACGUAAAAGUUUAAAGAUAAGUGGACAGGUAUCAAUUACAGAAAGUAAUGCUGUUGAACAAAUAGAGGUUAAUUCUGCUGCUGAAAGAAGUAUAAAUGUCUGUGAAGAAUGCAAUGAAGUAGAAGGGAAUCAGAACAGCAAUCAAAACAA